CGCCUAUACUGCUUCCAUGUGUCGGUUCUCACAACUCGCCAACCCUACUUCACAUAGGUUUCAUCCUUGAUAGUAUCGGCCUACUGCGGCGGUUUUAUGAUCUUUCCGCCAUGCCCGAAGCUGUCGCAACGCCCCAGAAGCGGGUUCUGGGUGAUGCAUCGAAUAAUCCGCGCGGGAUCCUGAAAUCCCCGGACGCGAGUAAGAAACGGAAAAUCGACGGCAAGCCAACCGCGAGAGUCAACGCGCCUGUUCAGAAUGGCCAACGAAAGGUGCCUGGCUCGAGCCAGUUACAGAAGAGUCAAUUCGAGGAGGAGGUUCUUGAGAAAUUGACGCAGGAUAUCAAUGAAUUGAAGGAUAGUAAUGCGGAGAAGGACCAACAAUGGGAGCGGCCUCCACUUGGGGAGUUUGACCCUACGAAGGAGAAUGUCUGCUUCCAACAGAUUGAUGCCGAAGAAGGAACGCUCUUGGGUGGCAAACCAGCCGUUAGAUUGUUUGGAGUCACUGAGGCUGGCCGAUCCGUUUUGCUGCAUGUAACCGGUUUCCAACACUAUCUCUAUAUCGCCGCCCCGGUGAACUUUACGAAGGAAGACUGCGACCCGUAUCGGGCGUUCCUGGAAAGCAGAAUCGGUAAUUUCCAGACGAUGAUCCAGUCGGUUCAAGUAACCCUGAGGGAGAAUAUUUAUGGCUAUCAAGGGAACCAAAAGAGCUGGUACCUGAAGAUCACCGUCACGGAGCCGAAGUAUAUCAGCAAACUGCGAGGCGCUUUGGAGAACGGGGGCCAAAGCAUGAACUACAAAGGUCUUUGGACUGGGAUUGAAAAGAUUGCCACCUUUGACAACAUCCAAUAUCUUUUGAGAUUUAUGAUCGAUACGAACAUCUCCGGCAUGUCUUGGGUAGAAGCCAAGGCAGGAAAGUACCGGCUUCUUCACCAGAAAGAAAAACAUUCCAAUUGUCAGAUCGAAGCCGUUGUCGAUUACCGCGACCUUAUCGCCCACCCACCUAAUGGUGAUUGGGCUAAAAUGGCGCCUCUCCGUAUAUUAUCUUUCGAUAUCGAGUGUGCUGGACGAAAGGGUAUCUUCCCAGAACCGAACCAAGACCCUGUCAUCCAGAUCGCCAAUGUCGUGACUCGCUAUGGAGAGUCCAAGCCUUUCAUCCGAAAUGUAUUUGUUUUGGAUACGUGUAGCCUGAUUGUCAACACCCAAAUCCUGGAGUUUGAAAAAGAAGAAAAAAUGCUUAUGGCCUGGCGCGAUUUCGUGGAGAAAGUUGACCCUGACGUGAUUAUUGGAUAUAACAUUGCCAAUUUCGAUUUUCCUUAUCUCCUGGAUCGAGCAAAACACUUGAAGUGUACUGGAUUUCCAUACUGGACUAGGUUGAACGGCGUGAUGUCUCAAGCUAGUGCAACGAACUUCUCUAGCAAACAGAUGGGCAACCGGGAUACAAAGGCGACCAAUACAAACGGAAGAAUCCAACUGGACCUUUUACAAUUAGUCCAAAGAGAUUACCACCUGAGAAGUUACACACUGAAUUCGGUGUCCUACGAGUUUCUGGGUGAACAGAAGGAGGAUGUUCACCACACAAUGAUCACUGAGUUGCAUAACGGAACACCCGACUCAAGGCGACGUCUCGCCGUGUACUGUCUCAAGGAUGCGUAUCUACCUCAGAGAUUAAUGGAUAAGCUCAUGUGCCUCGUUAAUUAUACAGAGAUGGCAAGAGUAACGGGUGUUCCGUUCAAUUUCCUCUUAUCGCGCGGCCAACAAGUCAAAUUCAUGAGUCAGUUAUUCCGAAAGGCUCUGGAACAACAACUGGUCAUCCCAAACAACACCCCGGAAAGUGAACAGGAAUACGAAGGUGCUACUGUCAUCGAACCAGUUCGAGGUUACUACGAUGUUCCAAUUGCAACUCUGGAUUUUGCCUCCCUAUAUCCCUCCAUCAUCCAAGCCCAUAAUCUAUGUUACACAACUUUACUGAACAAGAAGGCCGUUGAAAGGUACAAUUUAAAAAAGGAUGAAGACUACAUUGUGACGCCUAAUGGAGACUUGUUCUGCACAGCCAAUGUCCGCAAGGGUCUUUUAUCCCAAAUUUUAGAAGAACUGCUUGCAGCGAGAAAGCGAGCGAAGAAAGAGCUGGCGAUUGAAACAGAUCCAUUCAAGAAGGCUGUUUUGAACGGAAGACAGCUUGCGCUUAAGAUCAGCGCCAACAGUGUUUACGGUCUUACGGGUGCAACGGUUGGAAAAUUGCCAUGUUUGCCUAUUGCAAGUAGCACCACUAGUUACGGGCGUCAAAUGAUCGAAAAAACAAAGCAGGAAGUGGAAGCACGAUACACCAUUGCGAAUGGCUAUUCUCAUGAUGCAAAAGUUAUUUAUGGUGAUACCGACUCCGUCAUGGUCAAAUUUGGCGUCACGGAGCUAGCGGACGCUAUGAAGCUUGGACAGGAGGCUUCGGAAUACGUCUCCUCGAAAUUCCUGAAGCCAAUCAAGCUUGAGUUCGAAAAGGUGUACUUCCCGUAUCUCCUCAUCAACAAGAAAAGAUACGCUGGCCUGUACUGGACGAAAACCGAGAAAUAUGAUAAGAUGGACACCAAGGGUAUUGAGACUGUUCGUCGUGACAACUGUUUACUGGUGCAAAAUGUUAUUGAGACGGUGCUGCACAAGAUCUUGAUUGACAGAGAUGUUGAUGGUGCCCAAGAGUAUGUCAAGGAAACAAUUUCUGACCUCUUACAAAACAAGGUCGAUAUGUCGAAGCUUGUGAUCACCAAGGCCCUUGCUAAGCACGACUAUGCAGCCAAACAGGCGCACGUAGAACUUGCUGAGCGCAUGAAAAAGCGUGAUGCAGGUUCUGCCCCUACCCUUGGCGACCGUGUUGCAUACGUUAUUGUCAAGGGUGCUGGUGGCUCAAAGAACUACGAGAAGUCGGAGGACCCUAUCUAUGUUCUUGAGAACAACAUCCCUAUCGAUACGAAGUAUUACCUAGACAAUCAACUGGCAAACCCACUCGGUCGUAUCUUCGAGCCCAUUCUUGGAGAGAAGAAGGCCGGUCAGCUUCUUACCGGCGAGCAUACGCGGUCCAUCUCAGUAGCCGCACCGACUAUGGGUGGGCUUAUGAAGUUUGCCAAGAAAACCGCGACCUGCAUGGGUUGCAAGAAGCCCCUUUCGGGCAAGGCUGAAUUGGCCGGUGCUGUCUGCGAGAACUGUCAGCCACGGCUUGGCGAGCUGUAUACGAGAUCGUUGACGAAAGUGUCAGAUCUCGAGGUCCGGUUUGGGCGGCUGUGGACCCAAUGCCAGCGCUGCCAGGGCAGUUUGCACUGCGAAGUCAUCUGCUCGUCCAGGGAUUGUCCGAUUUUCUAUAUGCGCAUGAAAGCAAAGAAGGACGUGGAAGAUGCACAGAAGGAGCUCUCUCGGUUUGAUUUCGAUGCCGGUGCAUGGUAAACUUCAUAUUUCUGGGUAUGGUUAGCGCAGCUUGUACAAGUAUUCAGACUCCUUUGUUUAUUCGUCGGGGUCGAUUGUUUUUUUUAUGGCGUCUUGGGAAACUAGCAUGGAUAACGAUGGGACAGAUCCGGACUGGAGGACUGUGUCU